AUGUCUCAAUCAAAUAGUCAGAACAUGCUCCCGAAAAUCAAGGCUACUCCGGAGAACAAGGGACAGGUCAUACAUUUGCGGACUGAAGCCUUGAACCGAUUGCGCGCCAACAAGCUAUAUGUUGCCCUGUACCUUCGGUCCGACCCACAUAUUGAGGACAACUUCCACUGGGCCUUCUACCACCACGCCUCCCUUGGCAAAACCAUCCACCAUAUCAAGAACCUUGGUAGCGGCUGGACCGCCGAACACGCCGCUCGGACAAAUGUUUUCAUAUCAAACCUACUCUGUGUGGUCAUCGAAAUUGCCAGUAUCCCCACACACAGAGAACAGGAGCUUGCCACAAUCAUGAGAACCUACGACAACAACCUCAACGACAUCCCAGGGAUCCGUUGUCGACUGUGGAUCUUCCUAGUCCUCAAGCUUCUGGUGCAGCAGGGUUUGGUCCACUGUGACAAUCUAGAGACAUUGCAACAAGAAUGUCUUCGGAUUGGGAAUGAACACAGUCAGGAGGCGAUAGACAAUUAUCAGCCUAGACCAGUCCUGAUUGCAGAGUCCUCGUCUUAG